AUGGCGGACUCCGUGACGCCAGCACCGGUGGAGCCCACCAUGAGCAAGAAGAAGCUCCAAGAAGCACAGCUCGAGAACCCUGUCAAGGCAGACAAUAUCCCCGCUAUGGACGAAAAGCAGGCCCUCGCCGUGGCCCAGGCCGGCGGCUACGAGAUCGACGCGCUUAUCAACGAGAUGGAAGCCGAGCUCGAGGCAGCCGGCGGGCUGAAGACCGGCUUCUUCCACCUGCAGUUCAGUGACCCCAGGCACUUCACCUGGGUCAUCGUCGCCUUUGCCUCCAUGGGUGGUCUUCUGUCGGGACUCGACCAAUCGCUGAUCUCGGGUGCCAAUCUGUACCUUCCCAAGGACCUCGGUCUCACCACUGAACAGAACAGUCUCGUCAACUCCGCCAUGCCUCUCGGCGCCGUGGGAGGCGCCCUCAUUCUCGGUCCUUGCAACGAGUGGUUUGGUCGGCGUAUGGCCAUCAUCAUCUCUACGGUCCUCUACACUAUCGGUGGUGCUCUAUCGGCUGGAGCAAUGAACUAUGGAAUGAUCAUUGCUGCUCGUGUUAUUCUCGGUUUCGGUGUCGGUCUCGAAGGCGGUACGGUCCCUGUCUACGUCGCCGAGACAGUUGAGCGCAAGGUUCGUGGCAACCUUGUGUCUCUGUACCAAUUCAACAUCGCCCUCGGUGAAGUCCUCGGGUACGCCGUCGCUGCUAUGUUCCUGCAUGUUGAUGGAAACUGGCGAUAUAUCCUCGGAUCCUCCCUUGUCUUCUCGACCAUCAUGUUCCUCGGCAUGCUGUUCCUUCCCGAGAGCCCUCGUUUCCUCAUGCACAAGGGCAAGGUUCUUGACGCGUACAAGGUCUGGAAGCGCAUUCGUGGCAUCACUACUGCCGACGCCAAGGAGGAGUUUUUCGUCAUGAAAGUGGGCGUACAACACGAACAGACCGUGGUUAGCGAGAGCGCGCGCAACAAGCGCUUCCCGUGGAUGGACUUCUUCACUGUGCCCCGCGCCCGCCGCGCCCUGGUCUACGCCAACAUCAUGAUCCUGCUUGGCCAGCUCACCGGUGUCAACGCUAUCAUGUACUACAUGUCCGUCCUGAUGCACCAGAUCGGCUUUGACGAUGAGAAGGCCAACUACAUGUCCUUGGUCGGCGGCGGCUCGCUCCUCAUUGGUACUAUUCCUGCCAUCUUCCUGAUGGAGAAGUUCGGUCGCCGCUUCUGGGCCAAUGUGAUGUUGCCCGGCUUCUUCGUCGGUCUCGUCAUCAUUGGUGUAUCUUACCAGAUUAAUGACCUGACAGGAACCAUGGCGUGCUACCUCGUUGGUCUUGUCCUUUACAUGGGCUUCUUCGGAUGCUACGCCUGUCUCACAUGGGUUGUUCCCUCGGAGGUCUACCCCACCUACCUUCGAUCUUACGGCAUGACGACCUCGGACGCGUUGCUGUUCCUGGCCUCAUUCGUCGUGACGUACAACUUCUCCGCCAUGCAGACGGCCAUGACUCAGACCGGCCUGACCCUUGGCUUCUACGGCGGCAUCGCCGUCCUCGGUUGGUUUUACCAGAUCCUAUUCAUGCCCGAGACCAAGGAUAAGACGCUCGAGGAAAUCGACCUUAUUUUCGAGCGGCCAACGGGGGAGAUUGUGGCCGAAAAUGUGAAGAACACCACGAGAGCCUUCGCUCACUUCUUUGCCGGCCGGUGGUCCUCGACAAGCCAGAACGCUGCUGUGGCUGCGGAGGUGGAGGAGGAAAAGCUCGGCGAGGAGAAAUCCUAG